AUGAGCGCGUCUUCUCCUUCCGAAGCCCGCCUGGUAGCCAUUGUCGACUCCUUGACAUCUGGAUUCCAGACUCUACUCUCCAGCCUUCGCGCCCACCGGGAACUGGAAAAGACUCUGCGGCAGAGACUUGAGUUUGCCGCAAAUGAGUACGAGAAAAUCAUAGCCGCAGACGGCAGUGACUCGGAAGCCUCAGUUCCCACAAGCCAAGUGGUCAAGCAUAUUCGUGAACCCCUUCCAGAAUCUGAAGAUCCCGAGACGUUAGACACCGUCAAGCAGGCAAAGUCACAUGUACGAAGAUAUAAGAUGGCCAACCAUCGAGCGCCUGCCAAUGUUGCACGAUGCCCAGUAGCGCAUAAGACCUUGGACCCCGAAGAUAUGGAGAAAGACUUCACCACACCAGGAGUCCGGGGUAACCUGGGCUGCCCAUUCGCCAAGAUGGCAUCCAAUGGCCAUCCACCUGAUUCAAGUAAUUGUGAAGACCCUAUCGCUGCUGAGUUUCAUCAAGAUAUUGCUUCUGCAAGGUCUGCCGGCACCGAACAACGUCCGGGUCAGUGUCCAAUACGAUUUCUGGAUCAACACUCACCUGAGGAGGUUGCACAGUACUUUGAAAACCAUAAGCAUGAAAUUCCUCGAAGUCAUGAGAUAUGUGUCAGAAGAUAUCAAGGAGAUGAGAGCAGCGUCCGUCAACUCGAUGCAAAGUAUGGUAAUUUGGUCAAUAUGAUACAAGGAUUGGGUGUCAAGCACAAGGCAUAUCUUCCAGGGAAGGACCGAAUUGAAGAGCCAGCCAAAGCUCCUGCUCGUACAGUCGAGACAUGGGCAGAGGACGUCAGCUCACAGCCCACGCCUCCGACUCAUGAAUCCCAGGCCGACCCUGAGGAAGCCAGAUUGUCGCGGUUUGAGAAGCCUCUAAGAGAGAUCCGAGUCGGUGAAUCACCGAGUCGCCCAUGGGGUAUCUCGGUGCCGCCUGACAAGGAGCCGACCCCGAGUGCUUUGCAAUCUGACCUAGGAGUCGACCACCACAAUCUGAAGCCCGCUCCACCCUCCCCAAACGUGCAACCACGCAAGUGUCCUGUGGAUCAUAGACAGACAAAGCCUUCUGCGCAAACUGCUUCAAAUGAGAAAGAGGACACCAAGGACUCAACGAAGACACCCACCCAGAUCAUAUUCAACGGCCCAGUCUUCUUUGGCUAUUCUGCAGAGCAGGUGGCAGUUCUGCUGCAAAACACCAAUUUGGGCAACAUGAAAUCUUCAACUACUUGA